UGUGCCUACAAAGCGAACAGGAGACCCAAGCUUCUUGGUACAGACUGUAGUCCCGGAGCCUUCCCGUGUCCGCUUGGCCGCCGUCGGGCCACGUCCCGGAGCUGCCACCUGCAGCCAGGCCGCCAGCCAUGCCAGCCGCGCCCGCCCUGCGCCCGCCGCCACCGCCCGCGACCCCGGCCCCUCCGGCACCCACCCGCCCUGCGCCUCCAACUCCGGGCCACCGAGGACCAUGUGACCAGUCUCUAAAAUGUUUAAGCUCGAAGAUUUCUGAGCGAAAGCUGCAAGGCUCCUGGCUACCUGCUGGGCGAGGACCUCUGGAGAAACCCGUCCUGGGGCCCCGCGGUGCCAUCAUGCCCCUGUUCAGUCCUCAGAGUGGCCUUCACUCAGUCCGUGCUGAGCACAGCCCGCUGAAGCCCAGGGUAGUGACGGUGGUGAAGCUGGGUGGGCAGCCCCUCCGCAAGGCCACCCUGCUCCUCAACAGGCGGUCGGUGCAGACCUUUGAGCAGCUCCUAGCAGACAUCUCGGAAGCUCUGGGCUCUCCACGAUGGAAGAAUGACCGUGUGCGGAAGCUCUUCACCCUGAAGGGCCGGGAGGUCAAGAGCGUGUCGGACUUCUUCAGGGAAGGCGAUGCUUUCAUAGCUAUGGGCAAGGAGCCUCUCACCCUGAAGAGCAUCCAGUUGGCUAUGGAGGAGCUGUAUCCCAAGAACCGGGCCCUUGCCCUGGCCCCACACAGCAGAGCCCCGUCCCCAAGGCUGAGGAACAGACUUCCCAGCAAGCUUCUGAAAGGAGGCCACCGCUGUGGGGAGGUGGGAAACUGUAACGAGGUUAUGGGAAGCAGGACAGUCACCAGUCAUCAGGGCAAGACCCCUACGGAGCUGGCCCUGGAAGACAAGGUGAGGGCCCAGAAGAAGUGGGUAAGAGGGAAACAGGAGCCAGAACCUGGUGCCCUGCCACCACCCACGGAAGCCACUUUGGAGGAGACUCAUGCAGGUGGGGAGAAGCAUCUGGGGCUGGAGAUUGAAAAGACUUCGGGGGAGAUUGUCAGGUGCCAGAAGUGUAAGCGAGAAAGAGAACUGCAGCUCUCUCACGGCCUGCAGAGAGAGCCGUGCCCUCUGGGGAUCAGUGAGCUGGACCUGGGGAGGGGUCAGAAGUGGGAUUCCGAGAAGCUGGUGAGGACCAAGAGCUGCAGGAGGGCUUCUGAGGCAAACUCCACGGAUGGAGAGGAAGGGCAGAAGGGCGAGAACCAUCGGAGCAGCCCCAGGAAUCCCCCUCAGGAGCUGAGGAGACUCAGCAACCACUCAGACAAGAAAGAGAACAGAUGCUCCGAACCUCAGGAAAGUCACUCUCAGGGAGUAGCUAGGACCCAGAAGGACCUCGCAGAAGGUCCACCAGCCUUACAGGACGGGCUGGUGGAUGCGCGGAAAGACUCCAGGCACACAUGCAGGAACAAACAUGGGGCCUGGCUCCUGAGGGAGCACCAGGCUGAACCCCCACAGCUCCCCAGGACCCGAGGGGAGGAGAAGGAAGCGGACCACGGGAAGAAGCCGGGUAUGUCAGGAGGAAGGAGGACGGUGCUAGAAAAGGAGCCGAAGACGAAGCUGGAAGAGAGUAAGCCAGACCGGCCCAGUGGCCGGAAGCUGCGGCCGCUGGGCAUCAUCUCAGCUGAUGUGGAGAAGCACUACGACAUCGGGAGGGUCAUUGGAGACGGGAACUUCGCUGUCGUGAAAGAGUGCAAACACCGCGAGACCAAGCAGGCUUUCGCGAUGAAGAUUAUUGACAAGUCCAAGUUGAAGGGUAAGGAGGACAUAGUCGACAGUGAGAUCUUGAUCAUUCAGAGUCUCUCUCAUCCCAACAUAGUGAAACUGCACGAGGUCUAUGAAACGGAAGCCGAGAUCUUCCUGAUCAUGGAGUAUGUUCAGGGAGGGGACCUUUUUGAUGCCAUCAUCGAAAGUGUCAAGUUUCCAGAGCACGAUGCUGCACUCAUGAUCACAGACUUGUGUAAGGCCCUCGUUCACAUGCACGACAAGAAGAUUGUCCACCGGGAUCUGAAACCGGAAAACCUUCUGGUUCAGCGAAAUGAAGACAAGACUACCACCUUGAAGCUGGCUGAUUUUGGCCUGGCUAAAUAUGUGGUGAGGCCUAUAUUUACUGUGUGUGGGACGCCCACAUAUGUAGCUCCUGAAAUUCUUUCUGAGAAAGGUUAUGGCCUGGAGGUAGACAUGUGGGCUGCCGGUGUGAUCCUCUACAUCCUCUUGUGUGGCUUCCCGCCUUUCCGAAGUCCCGAGAGGGACCAGGAUGAACUCUUCAACAUCAUCCAACUGGGCCAGUUCGAGUUCCUCGCUCCUUACUGGGACAGCAUCUCUGAUGCUGCCAAAGAUCUGGUGAGACAUUUGCUGGUGGUGGACCCCAAGAAGCGGUACACAGCCCACCAGGUCCUUCAGCAUCCCUGGAUUGAGAUGUCUGGACACAGCACAGUGAACCCACAGAAGGACGAGUCCCCCAGCAGCGAGGGUUGCUUCCAGAGCCAACACAGGAAGGUUGCAGGGCAGGUGUCAUAGUCCUGUCUGGGGCACCUAGCCAACUUUCUCUCCUUGAUGACACGGAAGAGGGUGGCGUCUACAAGAAGACCAUGCAAGCCCCCUCUCCAAGGACUAGAGAAAGAGAAGAGACACCUGGCAUAUUUUGAAGAGUGGUUUAAAAGCAAGUCCUACUGUUAAUUGCUCUAUGAUAUUUUUAGAUUUGUAUAUCUAAAAUCUUUAAUACUUUUUGGGUAAGAAUUGCCAUGAAUGAAGAAUUUUGAUAAUAACUAUGAGUUCUGUUUCCUCCUUGUAGUCAAGUUCAUAGCGGGCUACGUGAGUGAGCUUUCCAUUGUGAGAGCUCCCCAUAUGACGAAUGAGGCUAAUCCUGGCUUUUCUACUUCAAUAAAGCGUACUCUGAACUGCCUCGUUCAGUAGUGGUGGUGGUGGGGGCGGGGAGAGAGCUGGGGAAUAGAGUUCAACACAGCUGUGUUUUAACCUUUGACAGGUGUGGGAAAAUCUUGUUUUCGUCUCGGAACAGCAGAGACCAGUCAGUAAGUGUGGUUCUAUGAGCUGAAAUUCCAUGAAAACAAACAAA